AUGGCCUUGGGGCCCAUCACCACGCACGCGCUGAACACGGCCACUGGCCGGCCUGCGGAAAACCUGCAGGUCACGUUGAAGCAGGCUCAGGGUGGGGAUGCGGACGGCCAGAUCGAUUGGAAGCUUCUGAAGGUGACUCGCACCAACUCCGACGGCCGCGCAACGGGCCUGGGAGAAGGGCUGCAGCUAUCGCCGGGCGAGGUCUUCGAGCUUUCCUUUGCCACCUCGGAAUAUUUCAAGGAGCAAGGCACGCCGUGCUUCUACCCUGUUGUGAGGCCCGGAGGUCAUGUACUCGAAGAUGCCGUGGCGCCGGUGCUGGCGAAGAUGUUGGUGGUGGAUCCGAAAGGUCGCGGCCGAAUUUCAGAGGUCGUGCGCGCACCUUCGGUGCAAACGUUUGUCGCUUCUCUGAAGACCAGUGCUGUCAUUGUUGCUUCUAUUAUACAGGAGCUCGAGGACCCUCAGAAGUCCAAGGGUAUCGACGUCAACACUGCCGCGGUCGAUGAGCUGAUUGCCGAGCUUUCUGCCAAAUCGCCUAAGCGAGCAGAAGCUGCAGAGAACCUGCCCAAAGGAGUUGGCCAGGUUCGCGGUAGUUUGGCUGCCAAAGUGGACAAGCAGGUGGUGGAGGACGACUCUUUGGCUUUAAGUUUAACAUCCUCGGACUUGGGGACGGCAGUGCUUGCAGCCAAACAUCAUGGCCAGAACAGCUCAGGCGAAGUUAGCUUCAAUCUGACGGCCACAGAUGCGCUGCAAGUGUCCAAAAAGGUCCCUGUUCCUGUUCUGAACGAGGACACGCAUGAGGCGGUCAAAGCUGUCUCGCAGAAAUUCGGACAGCGAUCUGGAGGCCUUGGUGUCUCUCACGAUAACCACGCACUGCGAGAUGUGCUCGGCGAUGCGCUCGAGCUGGGAGGGACCAGCCGAACGGAACAGGGCACAGCAAAGUCAGAUGCUCUAGCUCGCAGCAGCUCGAACACGAGCACGCAGAUGCGGAGCCAAGCAGGCGGCUUGCCCAUGCAGGGCACCCGUGAUCUCGCCGAAGCAGUGCUUCGCGAUGCCAUGGGCCCCGAGGUUUCGGCUCGCAGCGGGCCCUUGCAGUCGACUUCCGGAACCGUCGUUGCAGAGGGGGAGGCCGGCAGCGUCCACUUCGAGCACGUGACACCGGGCUGGAAGGUCAAAUCCUCCAGGAGUCACUCUUAUCACGUUUUGAGGGCGAAGGUCUCGUCCAGAGCUAACCUGAGCUUCCUCCGCCAUGCGGCGAGGGCGGCUGCCACGAGUAGCAGCCUCCCACACGCAGAGAAGGUGGAUGGGGUCACGUAUGUGUCGGAUGCAGCCUCCGCUGACAGAGCUCUGUCCGUGCUGAAGAGGUGCUCCGACAAGGUUGUCGCCUGGGACACCGAAACAACAGGGGUAGACCUGCGGCUUGGCCUCUCACACAGCGAUCGUGGCCGUGUUGUUUGUGCAACUGCCUAUUGCGGUGAUGAUGUUGACUUCGGCAACGGACCUCGCCUUCUGAUUGACAAUGCCGGGCAGUCACAAGGUCUUCUGCCCAUGUUCAAGGGCUACUUUGAGGAUCCGCAGUACAAGAAAGUGUUUCACAACUAUGCCUUCGAUCGACACAUGUUGAAGCGUGAAGGCUGUCCCGUGCAGGGUCUAGAAGCAGAUACGUUGGUUCUUGCCCGGAUCCAAGACACCGGCAGAAGUGCUUGGGAGGGCCCUGGGAGGGCCACCAUGCAGCGGAAGAACGAGCAGCUAAAGCAGUCCUAUGCGCGCAUGCAAGUAGCACCAAAAGAACCAACCUAUCCAGUCAUUGGCCUCAACUUUGCCGGACAUGCAAUGGACGUGAAGGCGCUCUCCACGUCCACGUCCGGACUUGUGCGGAUCCACACGGUGGCGCUGCCCGUAGUUGAGGACAAAAAGAGUGGUCUCGAAAGCAAUCCGUUGACUGACCACCAAGGCCAAGCCGACAUGGAGAUGGGUGCGUUGAUUGGAGUCGAGACGAUGGAUGGUACGAUGAUGACUGGACAUGGGAUGAAUCGGAUUGGAAUUUUGAGUGGAUUGGUUCUGUUGAUGAUUGGUCCUGUGACUGGUUAUGGUUCGAUGACGACUGGAGCUAUUGGCCUGAGGAGUGGUCCUGGAACACUCAGGAUUCAGGAUAGGUGGGCGACUGAGGUUCAGCAGAGCCCGAAUGGUGCCACGAGCUCAGCUACUUUCUCUCCCAGGACACCGCCAAGAAUGAACCACCACAGAAAGUUUCCGCUAUGA